UACUCACUCAUGAGUACUCAGGUGAGUACUCAGUGAGUAAAAAAAUGUAUGAGUACGUAUGAGUACUCGUCCGGUUUUUCUAGCAGAGUACUUUUUGAGUACUCACACUUGAGUACAUUCACUAGGGUAGUCAAUAUUCAUCGGAGAUUCAUAAAACGUUUUCAGCUAGGUAGCCCAACGGGCUAUUCCAAACUGGUUAGCUCAAAAUCGGAAUUUGGAACAAAAAGACUUUGAACCCAUACACCUGAUUUUUCUAGAAAUGUGAAGAAACUGUAAUGAGUUUUUCUAAGAAACAAUUAAAAACACCUAUUCGAUGAUCAGAUCAAGGAGUCAGAGCCCUAAACAAAUUGAAUGAUUCGACAUUCGAUUCGAUUCAACUUUGUGUCAAAUCGAAUUUGUUUCCUGGAAUACUCAAUCAAAUCAACUCGAACUUAAUUUGACUUUUUCGAACAAACUAUCUUUUUUGCGAAAACGUUCUAAGACUUGUCCGUUUUCCGAUAGAAAAGGAAGUUUGAAGUAUAAAGUUUAUAUACGACGAUUUUUGUAGUUUCCCGAGGGUUUUUUAUCAGUGGCUGUAACCACCAUUUGAGUAGAUGUAAACACACAUUUCAGCAUAUAAAUUUGGUGUUUACAGCUACUGAAUGGACCAGUAAGAGACAGUGCGUCUGAUGUUUUUAGACACAAGUUUUAAAAAUUAUUAUGAUAUAUUAUUACUAUGUUAUAUAUGUUCUAUGUUAUAAUCCAACAGUUCAUUAGGAAGUUUCUACGUUUUUGCUUCGUACAAGCAACGCUGACAAGCUUUUUUGGUUGUUUUUGCUCUAAUGCAUGUUCGAAAGCUCUAAUCAUAUAGAUAACGUGUUCUAACUUGAGGAAGUGUAUUUUAAACAAACAUUUGAAAGCAAAAGAGAAUCAUACUUUAUUUUGCAUAAGAUUGGGGCGAAUCGAAUCGAAUUGAUUUAAGAUUCUAAAGUGUUGUCCCGAAUCCAAUCAGAUUUUAUUGAUUCAUUUCGGGCUCUAAGUAGAAAAAUACCAAAUUAUCAUACAGUUGUCCUAUCCUCUAGACAUGCGCAAAAUAUCACUGAAAACGGAUUGAAUUAGUCCGAGCGGCUCGUCUCAUUAGAGCAACAUGUUCGACAUUGAAAAAUUUAUAUUUGUCCGCACUACUACUGUUGAGCUACGUCAAAGUAAUUCUCUGACUUUUAGGACAUUUAUAAUGUUACACCGAGUUGGGUAACGCCUUCAAUUCUCCAGGAAUUGAAAUUAAUUAAUCAAUUAUCAUUUUAUCAUUUAUUGUUGUCACCUGACAUAAAUCGACUACGAGCUGGUCCAUUAAUCAAAGAUAUUCUGGACAAUAUCCAGAAUUUAAUCAGCGGAAGUUCAAGUGGAAAAAAAGCAAAAAUCUAUUCAGCUCAUGAUAUGACAAUAGCAUCAGUUUUAUCAUUUUUUGGUGCUAAUUAUGUUCAUCAACCACCGUAUGCAGGUGCAUUAUUUUUCGAUGUUUAUCAGACAGAUACAAAUAGUUAUGCAAUCCAGAUUGAUUAUCAGGAUAGAACAAAUAGUAAUACAACCUAUCCAAUACAAAUUCAAGGCUGUCCAAGUACAUUGUGUCCAUUAGAAGUAUUAAAUACGAUUUAUCAACCAAGAAUUCCUGUUGAUAUUGAUGUCGAAUGUCAAAGAAGAUCAAAAUCUACUCCAACAAGUAAUAGAUACAAUUUUCCAGCAAUGACAGAUUUCCUACAUUCCAGACAAUGUCCAGAAAUCGCCUUUGAAUUAUAG